AUGUAUUACAAUUUCCAGGAUCACGUCAAAGGGAUUGAACAGCAUCUUGGACCCGAGUCUCCUUUCUCCAAACAAGUUGCCCUCUUGGAUAAUGCACACAAAGCUCUCACAGGAAAGUUAGAGACCUUUGAGCCAGGAGUAGGCAGACUUGAUACCUCGAUCAAGGAUCUCAGGGUCACCGAGACUGAUCUCGUCGAGUAUUUAAAGGAAAUCGGCCAGAAGCUUAAUGCGUCGCAGUUUCCACCCAGCCGCCCCGUUUUAGAAAUGGAACUAGCUGGGAAAUUUGCUGAAAACACCCAAUUGCAGCUUCAACUACACGAAAGCACAUCCAAAACGGACCAUUUACAAAAAGAAGUUUUGGAAAUGAAGACAGUAAUUGAGGAACUGCAGCAGUUGAACAAGGGUACAAUCGCGAGACUACAAGCUGCCCAUGAAUUAACAAUGUCUCUGGAAGAUGAAAAAGCUGCCUUCAGUUGUGAAUUGAAAAUGGCUGAGGAAAAAUUUCAAAAGGAGGUCGAUGAGAAGAACAUGGCAUUGACCCAGCUGAAAGCUCAGCAUGAGAUUCAGUUGAAAAAUCUCAGAGCCGAACAAGAUGAAAGGAGGAUUGCAUUGAAAAGCGAAUUGAAAGCUCAGAAUGAAAUUCAGUUGAACAGUCUCCGAAAUGAAAAAGAGGAAAAGAACAUCGCAUUAACACAGUUGAAGGUUCAGUAUGAGGCUCAGUUAAACAGUCUCAGAAAGGAAAAAUAUGACCUCGAGAAGGCAUCCGAGGGUUUCAUUCCUCGCCUUCAAAAGAUUCAGAAGUCCUUGAAGGAAGAGCAGAUUCAAGGGCUCAGGGAAUCUUACACAGAGUCCAUGACUCGAUUGGAAGCUCAAAAGACGGAGAUCCAGCAUUAUCAAGACCUGGAAACUGCAUUUCGAAUCGAGACUACUAAUCUCAAAGAACAAAAUGAAAAAUUCCAAGAAUCAGUUUGUGACCUUGAGCAGAAGUUGGCUGGUAAAGUCGAGAUCGCGAGCGCACGAAAAGACCCCAUCCAAGAAAUCGUGCCUUUUGCGAUGAUACAAAGUCAGCUUCCAGCACAGCAACCCACCUCGCCCGAUGGUGAUCCCUCAGACUUUGCCAUGCUCUUCAUGUCAGAUGAGAUGUUCUCCUCGACGCCAUUUAAUGGAGGCAAUAGCAACAAAUAUCAGCCUACUGAUCUAGGUGAAGCAACGAAUGACAUCCAAAAGCAGGAAGGCACCAUGGAUGAUCCCGUAACUCCUGUUGAAAAUUCACGACCUCAAUCAAAAAGAAGGUGCAAUGAGGUGAUUCCGGUUAACUUUGAGGGAUCUCAACCCGCCAAGAAGAUGAAAAAGAAAAAGGAAAUCGAUACAAAACCAGACUUCCCUCAGGGCCCAGGCUCGGAAGAACUGACCGUAUCACAUGUUCAAAAGCGGACUUACAGUCGCAUACACAGCACGGCUACGCAAGUCCAGUCCACAGCACCAAUUGAGCGACGGACUAGUCCUAAGGGACUCAUUUCUGCCAGCAGUGCAAGUCAGGUCCAAAGUCGACCCAACACCCGAGCACGCGGAAGACGACGUUCUCGUGGUAUGUCAGAUAGAACCUGGAUUCUCGGAUCAAAAAGAUGGUGUAGUAUUCUAAUGAUAUACAGGCGAUCGAUAUAG